GGUUGCAUCAGACGCGAGGAGGCGGGUCUUACGCUCAUGUGGCAGCGUGCGGCGUCCUGCUAAAGCUGACGGGUCUCGCUUUCAUUCAGAGCGAUGGCCACACUUUACGUUUCACAUCACCCUGAAGACUUCCGCAGUCUCCUCGCCCUCAUCACGGCAGAGUUCUGUCCAAAUGCCAAACCUCGUAUUGUCACCGAGGACCCGCCUGCCUCCCUGAACGCCCGCUCUAGACCCGCCCUCGUCCUGGGACCCGGUGAAGGCGCCACGGUUCUGAAUGGGUCAAAUGCGGUGGCCUGGUACUUGGCUUCUCAGAGUAAACGUGUCGGUGGAGAUGAGAAACAGCAGAGCCUCGUGUGGCAGUGGCUCAGCUUCGCAGACAAUGAGCUGACUCCUGUUGCGUGUGCCGUGGUUUUCCCUCUUCUCGGCGUGAUGGGGAUGGAUAAAAAGCUGCAGCAGAGUUCCCGUGCGGAGUUGCUGCGUGUUCUGAAAAUGCUGAAUCAAGCUCUGGAGCCUAAAACGUUUCUGGUGGGCGAGGGCGUCACUCUGGCUGAUGUGGCAGUGGCCUGUGCUGUUCUUCUCCCGUUUAAAUAUGUGCUGGAGCCGCAGGAUCGUAAACUGCUGACGAACGUGACGAGGUGGUUCACGACCUGCAUAAACCAGCCUCAGUUUGUGAAGGUUUUAGGGAAGAUCAGCCUGUGUGAGAAGAUGGGGCCCGUCACACUCAAGACAAACACCGCAGACAAUGCUAAUGCGGCUAAUGCGGCUAAUGCGGCUAAUGCUGACACUGGAGACGCAACGAAUGGGCCGCCAAAGACAGAGGCUCAGUUGAAGAAAGAGGCAAAAAAACGUGAGAAGCUGGAGAAGUUCCAACAGAAAAAAGAAAUGGAGGCCAAGAAGAAAACCCAGCCCCCGUCAGAGAAAAAGGCCAAACCUGAGAAGAAAGAACUCGGGGUGAUCACUUACACGGUCCCUACUCAACCCGGGGAGAAAAAAGACGUCGUCAGCCCUCUCCCAGACUCUUACAGCCCGCAGUACGUUGAGGCCGCCUGGUAUCCCUGGUGGGAGAAGCAGGGAUUCUUCAAGCCUGAAUAUGGAAGGAAGGACAUCUCUGAGCCAAACCCUCGUGGUAUAUUCAUGAUGUGUAUCCCUCCGCCAAAUGUGACCGGAUCUCUUCACCUGGGCCACGCUCUGACAAACGCCAUUCAGGACUGUCUCACGCGAUGGCACAGAAUGAAAGGGGAGACGACGCUGUGGAACCCGGGCUGUGACCACGCCGGGAUCGCGACGCAGGUGGUCGUGGAGAAGAAGCUGAUGAGGGAGAGAGGGAUGAGCCGCCACGACCUGGGCAGAGAAAACUUCAUACAGGAAGUGUGGAAGUGGAAGAACGAGAAAGGAGACAGAAUCUACCACCAGCUGAAGAAACUGGGGUCGUCGCUGGACUGGGACAGAGCCUGCUUCACGAUGGACCCUAAACUUUCCUACGCCGUCCAAGAAGCGUUUGUCCGAAUGCACGAAGAGGGAGUGAUCUACAGAAGCAAGAGGCUGGUGAACUGGUCCUGUACGCUCAACUCUGCCAUCUCAGACAUCGAGGUGGAUAAGAAGGAGCUGACGGGCAGAACGCUGCUGCCUGUCCCCGGUUACAAAGAGAAGGUGGAGUUUGGAGUUCUCGUGUCUUUCGCCUACAAAAUCGAAGGAUCAGACGAGGAGGUCAUCGUCGCCACCACUCGUAUCGAGACGAUGCUCGGAGACACCGCCGUGGCCGUGCACCCGAACGACCCGAGGUACCAGCACCUGAAGGGCAAAGUCGUGCUACAUCCAUUCUGCGACCGCAAGAUGCCCGUUGUGUUCGACGACUUCGUGGACAUGAACUUCGGAACAGGUGCUGUGAAAAUCACUCCAGCUCACGAUCACAACGACUACGAGGUCGGAGUGAGACACAAUCUGGCGUUCGUCAACAUUUUGGAUGAAAACGGGCUGCUCAUCAACGUGCCCCCUCCUUUUCUGGGCAUGAAGCGAUUUGAAGCCAGAAAGGAAGUGCUCCAGGCUUUGAAGGACAGGGGCCAGUUUAAGGAAAUCAAAGACAACCCCAUGGUCGUCCCCGUCUGCAGUCGAUCCAAAGACAUCGUGGAGCCGCUCCUGAAGCCGCAGUGGUACGUGAACUGCGCAGACAUGGGGAAGCAGGCCGCAGACGCCGUGAGAGAAGGACGCCUCAAAAUCAUCCCCGAUCAUCACAUCAAGACCUGGUUCAACUGGAUGGACAAUAUCAGAGACUGGUGCAUCUCUCGACAGCUGUGGUGGGGGCACAGAAUCCCUGCGUACUUUGUGACCGUCAACGACCCGUCUGUAAAACCAGGAGAGGACAUGGAUGGACAUUACUGGGUGAGUGGGAGGACUGAAGAGGAGGCGAGGGACAAGGCGGCAAAACGCUUCAGUGUGACGGCGGACAAGAUCACGCUCAGACAAGAUGAGGAUGUUCUGGACACUUGGUUCUCCUCUGGCAUUUUUCCUUUCUCUAUCUUCGGUUGGCCUAACGAGUCGAAGGACCUGAGUGUGUUCUAUCCUGGGACUCUGCUGGAGACGGGACACGACAUCUUGUUUUUCUGGGUGGCUCGGAUGGUGAUGAUGGGCCUGAAACUCACCGGAAAACUCCCCUUUAAAGAGGUGUAUUUGCAUGCGGUGGUGAGGGACGCGCACGGGCGGAAAAUGAGCAAGUCCCUGGGCAACGUUAUCGACCCCCUGGAUGUGAUUACAGGGAUUUCUCUGGAGGGUCUUCAUUCUCAGCUGAUGGACAGUAACUUGGAUCCUGUGGAGGUGGAGAAGGCCAAACAAGGGCAGAAGUCUGACUAUCCGAGUGGGAUCCCCGAGUGCGGCACAGACGCUCUCCGCUUCGCCCUGUGCGCCUACACGAGCCAAGGCAGAGACAUCAACCUGGACGUGAACCGUAUCCUUGGUUACCGCCAUUUCUGCAACAAACUGUGGAACGCCGUGAAGUUCGCCAUGAAAACGCUCGGAGACGACUUUGUGCCGUCGGAAAAGGCCCAGUUGUGCGGUCAGGAGAGCGUGUCCGACCGGUGGAUUCUGUCCAGACUCAGCGCCGCCGUCGUUCUGUGCGACGAAGGAUUCAAAGCCUACGACUUCCCCGCCAUCACCACGGCGAUCUACAACUUCUGGCUGUACGAGCUGUGCGACGUCUACCUGGAGAGCGUCAAACCCGUGUUCACUAAAGGCGAGGAGGACGGCGGCGGUGCGUUGUGGGUGUGCAGACAGACCCUGUACACGUGUCUGGAGGUGGCUCUGCGGCUCCUCUCUCCCAUCAUGCCCUUCGUCACCGAGGAGCUGUACCAGAGGUUACCGCGGCGACGACCUCAGCACGACCCCCCCAGCGUCUGCGUCACGGCGUAUCCCGACUCCCGCGAGUUUUCCUGGCAAAGCGACGACAUCGACCGAGAGAUGGACUUUGUUAUGACUGUGGUCAAAACAAUCCGGUCCCUGAGAGCCGACUACAACCUGACGAAGACCAGAGCCGACUGUUUUCUGCAGUGCAUCGAUCCCGCCACAGCGUCCCUAGUGGACAAAUACAGUCUUCAGAUCCAAACCCUGUCCUACUCUCAGGCCGUCGUCCCGGUAACGGAUCAGCCCGUCCCCGAGGGCUGCGCCGUGGCCAUCGCGUCGGACAAGUGCACGGUGAACCUCAUGCUCAAGGGUCUUAUCGACGUGGAGAAGGAAGUGGCUAAGCUCAUGACAAAGAAGGCAGACCUGGAAAAACAGAUGGAAAAACUCAAAGAUAAAGUCUCCAGGAGCGACUACAAAGAGAAGGUGCCUCUGAAGGUACAGGACCAGGACGCGGAGAAGCUACGGCAGAGUCAAACUGAACUGGAGAAAGUAAACGAAGCUAUUGGCAACUUCAAGAAAAUGAUGUAACACGGGAUUUGUGUAAACUAGAA